CCACGUUGCGAUGGCGCACGUCCAAACUUUCGACAACUCAACACCACGAAAUUAGCAUUGCGCAUCGCCGUUGCCUUUGGAAUUUUGCAUAUCAGGGACUUAUUCGACACGGGAUAUUGCUGUGACAUAGAAAGAGUUGAAUUGGCUGAUUGCCACACGGAAUCACCGAGAUGUCCUCUUGGAUAUCUCGGUCCACAGAGUCUCGCAAUGCGCAGUUACUCACUACUGCUGUCGUGUCCGGGGCCGUCGUUGCAAGUGCUAUCUUUAGCUUCCAAAAAGUGAGGCGCAUGACGAAGGUUGCGGACCUCAAAGCGUCGAUACCAGAAGUUGGCGAAGACUAUCCAACGCAAAGAUUGACAGAAUACGGCGCGGCAUCCCACGUCUUCGCGCCCAGCAAAGAAGACGAGCGCAGCGUAGCCCUAGCAGCAAGAGCACGAAAAGGCGACUACGACGACGACCUGAUCCUCGAGCAACUCGCCCGCAACAGAGUCUUCCUCACAGACCCCGGCCUAGCCAAACUACGCUCAGCAUUCAUCGUCGUCGUCGGCUGCGGCGGCGUCGGCUCCCACGCCACCGCCGCCCUCGCCCGCUCAGGCUGCACAACCCUCCGCCUCAUCGACUUCGACCAAGUGACCCUCUCAUCACUGAACCGCCACGCCGUCGCCACACUCGCCGACGUCGGCACGCCCAAAGUCCACUGUCUGCGCAAACGCCUCGAGCAAAUCACGCCAUGGACACACUUCGAAUGCCGCAACGAGCUGUUCAGCGAGCAGACCGCCGCCGCCCAACUCGCGCCCCUCAACGGCCAAGCCCCAGACUACGUAAUCGACGCAAUCGAUAACAUCGACAGCAAAGUCGCCCUCCUCGCCUACUGCAAAAUAAAUAACAUAAAAGUUAUCUCCUGCAUGGGCGCAGGCUGCAAAUCAGACCCAACGCGCAUCUUCAUCGGCGACAUCUCCACCAGCACAGAUGACCCGCUCUCCAAGUCCACACGCCGGAAACUGCGCCUCCGCGGCGUCAAAGACGGUAUCCCCGUCGUCUACUCGACCGAGCGCCCGGGGCCAGGCAAAGCCGAACUACAGCCCCUCCCCGCCGCCGAAGUCGAAAAAGGCAGCGUCGCCGAGCUAGGCGUGCUGCCAGACUUCCGCGUGAGGAUCCUCCCUGUCCUAGGCACGAUGCCGGCUAUCUUCGGCCUCGCGGUUGCGAAUCACGUCAUCCUCUCCCUCGCAGACUAUCCCCAGGAGUACCUGCCCUCGAAAUCGCGGGAUAAAAUGUACGACGGCAUUCUCGGCGCGCUGCAGGGCGCUGAGGAGCGGGUGGCGCGCGCCCUGCAACUGGAUGAUGCGCAGGGGCUUAAGCUGCCGCUUACGCAGGAUGAUGUGGGGUAUUUGGUUGAGGAGGUGUAUGGGGGGCGGAGCGUCAUUAGUGGGCUUGCCACGCGGCUUGUGCUUUGUCGGUGGCGGAAGCCCGUGGGGGAGUUCGUCGAUAUGAGCACGCCGGGGCAGAAGAGCAGUUUGCUCAAGAUGCGCGAGUUGGUGCUUAUGACUAAGGAGGAGGCGGCGAGGCAUGAGAAGGAUGUGCUUAUUGGGGGGAAGGAGGUGGAGGGCGUUUAUGGGGGGGAGGUUGUGGGGAGGGUGGAGGAGAGGUUGGCGGAGGAGGAGAGGUUUAGGAGGUUUAGAUGA